AUGGUUCGCUCAUCUCUCGCCGGCCGCCUCCUGGCCGGCGCGCUCCUCCUCGCAAGUGGCGUUGCUGCCCAUGCCGAGGGGUGCAGCUGCUCGUCGGACGGCGUCAAGCGCGUGACGUACAUCGUCGUCGAGAUGCCCGACCAGUCCGAGCAAGCGGCGGCGGUGGCGACGACCUUGUCUACUUCGACCCUCACCACGUCCCUGUCGAAGCCGACGGCCACCGACACUUACACGGCCCAGGCCGCCCACGUCAUCGAGGACAUCCCGGCCUUCGAGGCGCUCGCCGUCAAGCCCGAGCCCGAGAAGCUGCGUCCGGCCGCCAACGCGACGCACACCUUCGGCCCGUCCACCGCGCCGGGCGUCGACACCAAGGACCCCGUCAACAUCGUCCCGGCCGUCAAUGUCUCGCUGCACUACUCGGCGGCGACCAAGGCAGCCAAGACCGAUACCGCGGACCACGCCAACGCCGAUGCUGAGAUCGAGACUGAGGAGGAGGAGCAGCAGCAGCAGGGCUCCAUCGACAUGACGCUCGCCUUCAAGAACCCGGCCGUGGUCCUCGAGCACGUCGACGCCGUCAGCGCCGUCGUCUGCUCCGACGACGGGCUCGCCGUGUCCUUCUCCGACGCCGACGCGUUCCGCGAGGCCGUCAAGGACUGGUCCGAGUCGUCGACGGACGGCGGCUUCGUCCUCAUCACGAACCACCUCGGCAACUGCGACGCCGAGUUCGAGCGCGGCUUCUUCCUCGCCACGGGCCUCACGUCGGACGAAGGGUCGCUGUCCGUCACCGUCGCCGCCUCCCGCGAGGAGCUCGCCAACAUCGCCGGCGAGUGCGAGAUGACCUUCUCCUCCCUGCCCGCCGCGACGCUCUCCAAGCGCCUGACGCUCGACUCCAGCGUCUCGCUGUCCUUCGCCGAGGCGCUCGCCGACGACACCGUCCUCUUCAGCGACGGGCAGUACGUCAACGUCACGGCCGACGAGGCCUGGUUCAGCUCGACCGUCGCCUUCUCGGGCUACCUCAAGUACAACUUCUGGGGCUUCCGCCUCGAGGCCCUCUACUUCGACCUCGACACCACCUUCGACUCGGCCGUCGGCGUCUCGGUCGACGUCGCCGCCGCCUACAGCCACUCGCUCAAGUACGCGCCCGACGAGCUGGCCUACUCCCUCGUCUCCGUCCCGGGCAUCGUCCAGCUCGGCCCGGGCGUCGCCUUCGCCGUCGGCCUCGACUUUGACGUCUCGGCCGCCGUCGGCGUCUCGGCCGGCCUGAGCGUCGCCCUGCCCGCCGCCAACGUCCACCUCGACCUCGUCGACGGCGCCCGGUCCUCGGCGACGGGCUGGGAGCCCAAGUACAGCAGCCACGCCAACAUCACCGAGUCGGCCGACGUGCGCGUCGACGCCUCGGCCGACGUCACCGUCCGCCUGGCCUUUGAGCUGCUCGGCGGCCUCGUCGACCUCAGCGCCGGCAUCACGGCCACGCCGGGCUUCGACAACCGCUUCAAGCUGCGCGGCGAGCAGAACCUGGGCCUGGCCGGGAACUUCACGAGCAAGCCGACCGAGGCCGUCGCCGAGGUGCCCAAGGACGGCCCCGUCUGCGCCGAGAAGAACGGCGUCGAGCUCGCGACCGACUUCUACUUCAACCUCACCGGCUUCGCGACAAAGUGGUGGACCGGCGAGCUGUACAGCACCCGCGUCCCCUUGUGGGAUGUGUGCUACAGCUUCUAA